AUGUGUGAAAAUUUGGGUCUUGUGUUGCCUUCCAUGAAUGGAGAGAUGGUCGUCGAUGUUCCAGCUAAGGGGUCGAUGACUACUUAUCUAGUGUAUUUGAAGUGUCCUUUGUCGAUAUUUAACAGAUACUUUGUUGUUGAUUUGGUUUGUUUAUCGUUGAGUGGAUUGGAUGUGAUUUUAGGUAUGAACUGGUUGGAAUAUAACUAUGUUCAUAUUAUUUGUUAUAAUAAAUCUGUCGUGUUUUCUACUUCUGGCGAGGAGGAGGAAACUGGUUUAUUAUCUGCUAGAAAAUUGAGGGAAUUGGUGCAAAAUGAAGCGCAGGUAUUUUCGUUGAUGGCUUCGUUAUCUAUUGAGAAUCAAGCUAUAGUUGAUGAAUUACAAGUGGUACGUGAAUUUCUUGAAGUUUUUCCCGAUGAGAUUCUCGAUGUACUGCCAGGAAGAGAAGUUGAAUUUGAUAUUGAUCUUGUCCCUGGUAUCAGGCCUGUUUCUAUGGCACCAUACAGGAUGUCAGCAUCUGAGUUGGCAGAGUAG